AUGGCUAGCAAGUUCGCAGACCAUACUCUCUAUCACCUCAGCCCAAAGGGCUUUUGGAAGAAAUUUCGUACGUCGUGUUUCGUCGCGCUAUGUACUCGCUGGCUUGACGCCGUGUGCACAGGUGAUGCCGUGGUCAUAAACCCGGAGAUCUCGAGCGGUCUGCCUAUCCAAGGUGUCCACCGCUACCCACCACCAGCGUCAAGACCGGAGAAGUACUCGACCCCGGCUACCAAAGCUUCCGACCCCGCUCAGAAUCCCUACUGGAAGCGCGACGUACGGCGCGCAUACCCGCAGUUGUCGGUAGUCACGCAGACCGAGCUGUCUACACUGUUGAUUGAACAUCAUGACGCCAAGCAGCAAGCCUUUCGUAUCUCGUGUAUUCUUAUUCAUCGCUGCAGAGUUGCCGCUCCCGCUGCCGAAGGCCAGGAGGAGCAUAGCGAACUGUCCACAACAACCCGCGAGCCUGUAGAUCUUACUGCUGCCAUUUUCACCAUUACCCAAGCCAGCAAGAUCUUCUCAGAGUCCAAGCUGCCUCCCAGCUUCCCCACCUCGUUUAAGCGCUGGAAAGCUGAACGUGCAGAGGAUGCUCCCCAUGAUCCGUCGUCGUACUUCCCCAUGUUACUCGUGAAAUAG